AUGACCAGCUAUGAUUUCGAAAUCAACGAGCCGCCGGUGGGUCGACCUAUUCGUAUUUAUUGUGAUGGCAUUUAUGAUCUAUUUCACUUUGGUCACGCCAAGGCAUUAGAGCAGGCCAAAAAAGCCUUCCCGGAUGUGUACUUACUGGUUGGCGGCAAAACGGUGAUGACCGAUGUUGAGCGAUACGAAGCUGUACGACACUGCAAAUGGGUCGAUGAAGUAGUCGAGGAUUGUCCUUGGAUCGUGAACCAAGAAUUUUUGGAUAAACAUCAAAUCGAUUACGUGGCCCAUGAUGCUGAGCCCUACAAGUCAACAGAGUCCGGCGACGUAUAUGCAUUUGUCAAAGCACAAGGCAGAUUUUUACCUACCCAGCGCACAGAUGGCAUCUCUACCUCUGAUUUAAUCACUCGUAUUGUGCGAGAUUACGAUGCUUACCUGCGACGCAAUCUGGAACGGGGUGUGAGUGCAAAAGAACUCAACAUUUCAUUUUUAAAGGAACAAGAAAUUAAGACGAAAAAGUCCAUUGAUGAUUUGAGAAGACAAAUCAAGACCGCCGUUUUGGAUCAGUUGGAAAUAUGGGAGAAUCAGAGUCACGAUUUCAUCAAAGGCUUUGCCAUUCGAUUUGGAGCUGAGCAAGUCGUGGUAAGUGGUUGA